AUGACAACAGCCGUUCAAAAUAUAGCAAAGGGUGCUGUUGUCUUUUCCGGAGGCACCAAGGGGCUGCCAGAGGAGGCGGCUAAAGCGGCGGCGCAAACUGACCCGUUAUUCGCUCUCGCACCGCUCGUUCCUGAUAUCUUGCCACUGCGCAAGUGGGGGGAAAAGUACAGCAUCAUCUUUUUAUUUCGAUCGAGAGGAUAACCAUACUUUUUCAACUUUCUUACAUCGAAAACUUUGCUUAGGUUACUACUUGAUAUUUUCAUAAAAGGCGCUUGACCCAAGGCAAAUGUGGUUCCAGAGAUAUGCGCGACUAAUCACCUCAAUAAAAUAGUACAAAGGAUUUUGGUCUUCUUGCAAUAUCUGCUGCUCCUUUCAUACUCCUAAAAUCCCGACACGAUUUUGGUCGUUCCUGAUGUUUUUGCAGGUGUUGCCAAACACUCGUGUCCGCCUCUGAGCGAUUGGCAGAAGCGCCGCGUGAAUUUCACAGGAAAGACUUGCAUGUUCCGGAGCUGGCUUUGGUGAAGAUGGAAGUGCCCCCGACCUCAAAGAGGCACCUGCAAUCGAUCUGUGCUAGUUGGGCAGCUUGGGGCGACAUUGCUUUGAGCAACGCUCGCUUUCAGCUGUGGAAGACGGUGGAAAGUGGCAGCAGCGCCAAGAUGAAUGAAGAGAUGGCUCGUGGCCGAAGAAGCAAAGGGCUUGAUC